AUGAAAUUAGUAAAAUCAGAAUUCUUUGUACUGGGAAAGGAAAUUCUCAGAUGGGUUCCAGAUCAUAAUGGAAAAUUUAGUGUGAAAUCUGCUUAUAAUUGCAUUAUGAAGGAAAUUAAUGGUACUGGCAAUGCUCCUUUCCCCUGGAAAGAUUUAUGGAAGAUUAACCUUCCACGAAAGAUAAAAUAUCAUCUUUGGAAAUGUCUACAUGACUGUGUUUCUAUGAGAAGUAAAAUUUCUAGGUUUGUUGCUGAUAUAAGUAGUGAAUGUCCCUUUUGUAAACAAGAAGUUGAAACUGCUAAUCAUCUAUUUAUUAAUUGUGAUGUUACUAAAAGGAUUUGGUUUUCUCUUGAUGCUAACAUUGCAGGGAGUAUUUCUAAUGUCAUUUUACAGGGUUGGAUAGCUAGCUGGUUCCAUACCAGUAAUGUAUCCAAGGAAGAGAAGGAGAAAUAUACUCAAUUUGUUAGCUUUGCCAUAUGGCACAUCUGGAAGCUUAGAUGUUCUGUAAUAUUUGACAAUGGAUCAAUUCAAGUAUCUCAACUAGUGGCACAAGUUAACAAAGACAUUGUUGAGUGGAAUGAGAAUUCUUUAAAAUACAAUAUUGCAAGAAUUGCUGCGAAUCAAACUAAGAAUAUAAUUCCUUGGAAAAUGCCAGAUAUUGGAUUCAAUAAGAUUAACUUUGAUGCAGCUUAUUUGAAAAAAAAUAAUUAUAUGGGUAUAGGACUGAUAUUGUUUUCUGAUGCAGGGAAAUUUGUAGGAGCUCAAUCCUUCUCAGGCAUAGCUCAAGAUGAGGAACAAGCUGAAGCUCUAGCAGGACUGGCAGCAAUUAAGUGGGCAAGGGAUUCAGCUGUGGAAAAGCUACACCUGGAGGGUGAUCGCCAGAGUGUAGUAAUAGCUAUCAAUGGUGAUUUUUCUAGUAUUAGAUGA